UAUUGCACGCUGAUUUGUAUGUAUAUAAAAGAGGUGGUUUUCUUGGUGGAAUCAUUCAGCGCAUUCUACGCAGAAGGAAUAUUCAAAAUGUCGCCAAUCUUCUUAGUUGCUUUACUCUGCGCGUUUACCAACGCAUACAAUGUAGACCGCGAUGCCUUAGAAGCCGCUGUCGUGCAUCAUGGCAAGCCACAAGCUCAGUAUAAUGCUGAAUCAGGGGUUGGAAGUGGAGUAUCACGCCAUAGUGGAGCUGUGGGAGCUAACCUUGCCAGUGCCGACUAUGACGAUAGUGCCGAGGCAGUAAGCCGAAGCGGCGCCCGACUAGUCCACAGAAACCCUUAUGGCGGCAACGUGAAUUUACAAAAUCUUCCUUCUCGUUAUAUUGAUAACGGUUUGUCCCGUAGCGGAAGCGUAAGUGAUGACGAUGACGAUGUUUCAGCUGCUGUAGAGGCCGCUGGAAGGUCAGCAUAUGGUUAUCCCGGUUAUAGACCAAGAUACAGACCUGCUUCAGCGCAGGCAGCCGCUAACGCAGUCGCUCAUGCCAUGGCUAAUGCCAACCGUGGCAAUUACGGGUACAGUCAUCUCGGUUACUACAGAUCUGGAGCGUCACAAGACGCAGAUGAGCAGGACGAAAGUGUCCAAAGCGUGAACUCUGGAUCAGCAUCAGGAAGACAUAGUCAAGGAGCCAGUUCAAAUGCUGGUAAUGCAGGAUUAAAUUCAGGGCUCUCCGCACAAGGACUCGCUGGACAAGGACUUGCAGGACAAGGACGCUCUGUACAAGGAGUCUCCGCACAAGGACUCGCUGGACAAGGGCUUGCAGGACAAGGACUCGCAGGACAAGGACUAGCAGGACAAGGUCUCGCAGUACAAGGACGCUCCGCACAAGGACUCGCUGGACAAGGGCUUGCAGGACAAGGGCUCGCAGGACAAGGACUAGCAGGACAAGGUCUCGCAGGACAAGGACGCUCUGUACAAGGUGUCUCCGCCCAAGGACUCGCCGGACAAGGACUUGCAGGACAAGGACUCGCUGGACAAGGACUUGCAGGACAAGGACUCGCAGGACAAGGACUUGCAGGCCAAGGACUCGCAGGCCAAGGACUCGCAGGACAUAGACAUGCUGGACAAGGACUCUCUAGCCAAGCAGUCUCUGGACAAGGACUAUCUGCGCAAGGACGCUCUGUGCAAGGACUAUCUGGACAAGGAAUCUCCGGUCAUGGACUCGUUGGACAAGGUUUAGGAGCUGGAAGAGGUUACAGUGCAGACGAUGAUGGUGUGAAUAGCCAAUCUGCAGGUCACAGUGGUCGUUCCAGUCUUGGAGCAGGCGGUGCAGGCUUAUAUAACGCAGGUUUAGCAGGAAAUUCUGGAAAUGCAGGCAGCUACGUAAGCGCUGAGAACAACUAAGCAUAUAAAACAAUAUACCUAUCCGUUAUACUCAUAUCUUUGUCUUCUUUUCUAUAUUUCACGAGUGGUAUGAGCCAUAAUCAGAUAAAUGGUGAUGAUCAUUGAACAAUUAGAAUGAAAUUGAAGACCGAAUUUUAAAGCUUUGAUUGGAAGCAUCAUUGCAGAACUGGACAUAGUUAUCUAUGUUCGUCCCUUCACCAGACCACCAGGCGAUCAGAUUUGGCCCAAACUACACUCGAGAAAUCUUUCCUAAUAUUCUAUUCUUAGUUUUUUUGUACUUUUCUACUGUACUUUGUUAUUUAUCACUUAAUUUUUUCGUUUUUAUGUAUUUUCUAAUAAAUAUUUAUUAAAUAUUU